CGCGCGCUGUCGGGGGUCGCGCCGCUGCCGCCUCACGCAGCGGAGUUUCAGCACAAUGCAAAGAGCAUCGCGACUGAAGAGGGAGCUCUCCCUCUUGGCCACAGAGCCACCUCCAGGCAUCACCUGCUGGCAAAAUGAAAACCAUCUAGAUGACCUACGAGCACAAAUUUUAGGAGGUGCAGACACACCAUAUGAGAAAGGAAUAUUCAACCUGGAAAUAGUUGUUCCUGAAAGGUACCCAUUUGAGCCCCCAAAGAUUCGCUUUCUGACCCCUAUCUAUCAUCCUAACAUUGACUCUGCUGGAAGGAUUUGCCUGGAUGUUCUUAAAUUACCACCAAAGGGUGCGUGGAGACCGUCCUUGAACAUCUCCACGCUGCUGACCUCCAUACAGCUGCUGAUGGCGGAGCCCAACCCUGAUGACCCUCUCAUGGCAGACAUAUCCUCGGAGUACAAGUACAACAAGCAACUGUUCUUGCUAAAUGCCAAAGAGUGGACUGAGAAAUACGCCAGCCAGCAGAAGAGGGCUUCCGAGCCUUUGGGAGAGAAAGUAAACCAAAGCGAAAGAAGUACCGCCAAUGACGCUACCGCGCAGAAAAGAAAAGGGAGCGAUAUCAGCAAGAAGGAGAAGAAAUCUCGCCUGGGUUCCUAAGUGGUUUUUGUUCUUGUUGUGGCUGACUGUCCUUUUCUCUUUACACAGGUAUACCUAAAUAUUUUAAUCAAUAUGUAGCUGUAGCAGGCUUUGUUUUUCUGUUUCCCGGGGGGGUUUGUGAAAAGUUCCAUUAUGUAAAUAAAAUAUAAAGCUUUAAUUUAUAUA